UCUCGGCGGCGAUUGGUUUACCUGCGUGGUCGCAGGAAAACGUAGGAACUGUCUGACAGUCUGAUUGUCGGAACAAGGAAGAAGGUUCACUCGUCAAACCAAGCCUUCUUUUACUUACAAACGGAGAUGACACAGUGGUGCCAGCUUCAGUUGCUGGACUCCAAGUACUUGGAGCAAGUAGACCAGCUGUACGACGACUCGUUCCCCAUGGACAUAAGACAGUACCUGAGCAAGUGGAUUGAGAGCAUCGACUGGGAUGCUGUGUCAGCCCAAGAUUCAUUAGCCACCGUUCGCUUUCAUGACCUCCUGGCCCAGCUGGACGACCAACACAGCCGCUUUGCCCUGGCAAAUAACUUCCUGCAGCAACAUAACUUCCGCAAGAUCAAGAGGAACCUUCAGGAUAGAUUCCAGGAAGACCCAGUCCACAUGGCCAUGAUCAUCUCAAGAAACCUGAAAGAUGAGCGCUUCAUCCUUGCCAAUGCAAAGAGUGCAAUGGAAGGUGAGGACACUGUGUCAGCCAUGGUGGUGGAGAAACAGAAGCUGGACAGCAAAGUGAAGGACAUGAGAGACCAAGCUCAGAUGGCAGAUCAGAACAUCAAAAAUGUGGAAGAUCUGCAAGAUGAGUACGACUUCAAGUUAAACACUUGGCGGAACAGAGAGAAUGAACUUAACGAAAUGAUGCCUAAGGAAGUAGAGAGGGAGAAGCUGAUCAUCGGUAGGAUGUGCUUGGAGCUGAAAGCCAAACGACAGGACGUGGUGCUCCAGCUGACUGAGCUCCUGAACGUCACUCAGGCUUUACUGUCGGACCUAAUCUCAGAGGAGCUCCCCGAGUGGAAGCAGCGGCAGCAGAUUGCCUGCAUCGGUGGACCACCCAACGCUUGCCUAGACCAGCUGCAGAAUUGGUUCACCUCGGUAGCAGAAACCCUUCAACAGGUUCGGCAGCAUCUGAAGAAGUUGCAAGAAUUGGAGCAGAAGUUCACUUAUGAAUGCGACCCCAUCACCCAGAAGAAAGAUUUCCUUGAGGCCCGAGCUCUGGAGCUCCUAAAGAACCUCCUCACCAAUGCUUUGGUUGUGGAGAGGCAGCCCUGCAUGCCCACCCACCCGCAGAGACCACUGGUGCUGAAAACCUGCAUCCAGUUCACGGUAAAACUGCGGUUCCUGGUGAAGCUGCCCGAGUUUAACUACCAGCUCAAAGUCAAGGCUUUGUUUGACAAGGACGUGACAGACAAGAAAGGGUUCCGCAAGUUCAACAUCCUGGGAACAAACACCAAAGUUAUGAACAUGGAAGAGUCCAACGGCAGCUUGGCAGCAGAGUUCAGACAUCUGCAAUUAAAAGAGCAGAAAGUAUCAGGAAAUCGAAACAAUGAGGUACCACUGGUCGUCACAAAUGAGCUCCACUUGCUGAGCUUUGAGGCGUUGUUGCAGCUCGGCCAGUCUGGAAUGACCAUCCAACUGGAGGCGCUGUCUCUGCCCCUGGUGGUGAUCUCCAAUGUGUGCCAGCUGCCCAGCGGCUGGGCCUCCAUCCUCUGGUACAACAUGCUGACCAGUGAGCCCAAGAACCUGCAGUUCUUUUUGUCUCCUCCGACAGCAAAGUGGUCUCAGCUCUCCGAGGUGCUCAGCUGGCAGUUCUCCUCCGUCACCAAGCGAGGCUUGAGCCAGGAGCAGCUGAACAUGCUGGCUGACAAGCUGCUGGGAGCCAAAGCUGAGAGGAACCCAAAUGGGCUCAUUCACUGGAACAAAUUCUGCAAGCCACAAAACAACAAUGAGAAAGCAAAUCCCUUCUGGUUGUGGAUUGAAGGCAUCCUGGAUCUGAUUAAGAGACACCUGCUUUCCCUCUGGAAUGACGGCUUCAUCAUGGGUUUCAUCAGUAAGGAGCGCGAAAGAGCUCUUCUGAGUGACAAAUGUCCGGGGACGUUCUUGCUCAGGUUCAGUGAGAGCAGCAAAGAUGGAGCAAUUACCUUCACGUGGAUCGAACACGACAUGCACAACAAGCCCAUCUUACACUCAGUGGAGCCAUACACAAAGAAAGACCUGAGUGCAGUCUCGCUGGCCGACAUCAUCCGGUCCUACAAGGUGAUGGCGGCGGACGACAUCCCUGAUAAUCCGCUGCGCUUCCUCUACCCCGACAUCCCGAAGGACCUAGCAUUUGGGAAGUACUACACCAAAAACUCAGAGUCUCCAGAGCCCAUGGACGUGGAGAACACCGAGAAGACCGGCUACAUGAAGACGGAGCUUAUUUCCGUCUCGGAAGUACAUCCAUCCCGCCUGCAGGAGAAAAUGAUGCCGAUGCCACCUGAGGUCUACAGGUUGUUGGAGCAGUCCGUCAGUCCCGCAGACCUCAAAGAUGCAUUGAAUGCAGACUUUCAGGGUCAGGAGUGAGGAGGUCUGAACUUCCUUGAGAGGUCAUCAAACGCAAGAGCUCACUUUUUGUGUUGAAUAUGCUUGCAUGCAACUUUGUCUUGCAGUCUCACUAUUACUGGUGACUUUUGUGUCAAGUGAAAGACGAAAUAGUUUGUAGCUUAACAUACCCGGAAGAUAAGAUUGUUGAACAUGCAUCUACAAAUUACUGCACUAUAUAUUCAGUUGAUGUAAACCAACAAAGUAUACAUAGUUUAUGUAGUGGGUUUAUGCAGUCUUGUUAGAAAAUGACUUCAGGAAAAGCCUUAAAGUAGCUGGUAUCCGUUGUACUCAAGUAUAUGGAAUGUGAAGUACAAGUAAAAGCAGGGAAGUUAAACGUUUUCCAACUGUUUAUUUAUAAAGCAACAUAAAAGUCAAAAUAUGCCUGCUGCAUAACAAGUUAAAAAUAAAGUGCUCAAAAAGUGCACUCGACAUUACAGCGAUCGAAUUUAUGUAUUGUAUAAAACUAAGACAGGAACAACAUCAAAUUAAAAGCACAAAAUGAAUGCAAACCCACCAUACACCAGUUGGAGCCUGGAGUUUUUGUUUUUCAGAGAGAAGAUCAACGUCGCUGUUUGAUGUGUGUGGAAACGGGCAGUGUGCUAGCAUGGGUUAACUUAAGGUGUGCACAUACGUAACACAUAUGCACAUUAGCACUCAAUAACAUCAUCAAACCUUACCUUUUAUGCAUUCCCACAGAGUGUCAGCAUUUGGGGAUAUGAAGUGAAAGAAAAUCGGUAAAAAUACAGUAUUGUCCAUCUGUGCAGAGUGGGAGAAGGCUAGUACAUGUACAAUGGUGCAUUCAACGACUGUCAAAGUGGGACAGAUCGCUGCUUGCAACAAACAUAAAUAUGUAAAAUCUUUGAGAUUUUUAUCUAUUAUUUUUGAAAUAAAAUAAUGGCUCAUAUUUCCAAAAUUCAUAUGCAUUUACAUAAAAUGUGAUGUACUUAUUCGUGUAGGUGAGUUUGAAAGUCAUCUCGAUUAACGUUAGAAUAUGCAGUGGAUAGCUGUUGAAUGAUGUCACAGCUCUUUUCAGCCCUUCUGAUUGCAAAUAAGACUGUCUUCCAUAUCCUUCCCAGAAGUGUGCCUGGACAACAAUCUCAGUUUCUGUGAACUUUGUAAAAGCAAAGCUGGUAAAUAUGGGUCUCCAGCAUGGAGCCUGCACCAUUUUAUGGUGAGCAAAAGCGUCUUUGGUGUUGAAUGCAACAUCCGGAUCCUGCCAGCACAUUGCAUUGCGCCGUACAGUACUGUUCAGUGUGGACCAAAGACGCUAGAUAAUAUAAGACUGCGCAUUUAACGCAAAUACACUAAGUCCCCAACUUACGAACACAAUUGGUUCCAGAUGACCGUUCUUAUGUCGAAUCGUUCUUAAGUAGGGGAAAAGGUAAUAUUACCAAUGAUAUAGGUAGUACAUGUACGUGUAUACAUAUACAGUAUAUGUGUAUGUAUGUAAAUAUGAGUUUGGAUGCAGUAGUAAUAUUAAACCGGGAUAAUUAAUGAAAAAAACAAUAAUAAAAAUGAUAUAAUAAUACGUAAUGAUAAAUGUUAUUUACCUUUGAAGAGGAGUGGUCGAGCAUAUGUCGUUGUGGUGGAGUUAGAGGAGGAGUUAUUGAAAAAAAAGGACAAAUCGUUGUCAUAAACUUUAAUCACACGCUCUGUCCGGGUUGUACAAUUUAGCUUUACACUGUAUCUCCCCAGCGUCGAACUCUUCCUCUGUUGGUCUCAUUAGCUCUAACGCUGCCUCUGUUUGGUUUGGUUUGGUUUAGUUUAUUUGAACUAAAUGGAAUUUGUUACAAUGGAAUACAUCUCAUGAAUCAUUCUUUGACAGUUCCACAUGUCCAAAAGGAGUAGGAAGAAUCAAAGCUUAUUUAAUCCUACCCCCCAUCUAUUCCACAUCUAUUACAACACUUAUUAUUCACUUCCUGCAUUCCAUGUCAUGUUUUCUAUGAUAAUCAGGAUACUAAUACAUAAAAGAUGACAGUAAGACCAAAAAAAAAUGUAUAUAUAAAUUAAAUAUGAAUAAAGAAAGUUUUUUCCUUUUUUUUUUCUUUUCCCUUCCCCUUUUUUUUCUCCUCCCCUUUUCUUAAAAAAAAACAAAAGCAAAAAAAAACAACAUACAUAUAUAUAUAUAUAUAUAUAUAUAUAUAUAUAUAUAUAUAUAUAUAUAUAUAUAUAUAUAUAUACACAUACAUACAUACACAAACUUGUCUAUAGCGGCCACUAGAGGGAGUCUGCAAAAGUGGCCGCUAUAGACAGGUUGGCGUCCAGUUUGAAUGUUGACCAGUAGGGGAGAAAAAAAAGGGGGGGAGGGGGGAAUAAUAAUAAUGUUGACCAGUAGAGGGCACUGUGGGACUGCGGAUAAAAGUUGUACAGCACUACUGAUGUUCUUAUUCUUUUUCUUUCUUUUCUUAGGAGAAUGAACAGAAUAAGAAUUUCAUUGCUUAGUAUAACUGUCCGUUUUACUUUGCAUAUGACAAUAAAACUCUUGAAUCUACUAGGCUUGUUAUUAUCCACGACCCACAGAACAAAGCUGUGCUAGUAAUGUCUUACGCUUGUUUUUAAUAUUUUACUUUUUAUACGGCAGAGUGUCAUUACAGCUUUAGUUCAUCAGGAAGUGACGGGAAGUGACGGUGGGCAUCCCGAGCGGGAGAGCUAGGCUCAGUGCUAGCUGUGAGUUUGGAGAGAGUUGGGAAGUGUGUUUAUGUUGGCGUGGAUGUAAAGUCCUGCAGUGUUCUCCGCUGUUAAUAAAGCCAUUAAAGUGCA